AUGAUUCUUAAAAUUUUGAUAUUGGGCGCCGGUUACGGAACUCGACUUCAGCGAGACAUUCUCCAAGAUAUUAGUCAAAAAUAUUCACAUCUUCUUGGAAUUCCAAAAGCCUUAUUACCAGUAGGAGGUCAAGAUGCAUUAAUUACACAUUGGCUUCAAAUAUUUAAAACCGCUAAUAUUGACAUUGCAUCCUCGGUUUAUGUGGUAACCAAUAACCCCUCAUACCAAAGUUUUAUAUCAUGGGCUGAUAAAAAUGGAAUACCGAGAUCGAAUAUUGUAAAUGAUAAAAGUACAUGUAACGAAAAUCGGUUAGGUGCUGUAGCUGAUAUAUUAUUUGGAUUAAAUUAUUUUAAACUAUUUAAUAACGAUUUGCUUAUAGUUGGUGGAGACACAUU